AUGAUUCUAUAUUUAACUGCCGUACCAGACAAGACACCCGAACACCUGCCUGCUCUUGUCGGUGCUGUCGACGAUGGCUAUCUGUUUGCCGAACCAGACAAGACGCCCGAAUACCUGCCUGCUCUUGACGGUGCUGUCGACGAUGGCUAUCUGUUUGCCGAACCAGACAAGACGCCCGAAUACCUGCCUGCUCUUGACGGUGCUGUCGACGAUGGCUAUCUGUUUGCCGUACCAGACAAGACCCCCGAACACCUGCCUGCUCUUGGAGGUGCUGUCGACGUUGGCGAUCUGUUUGCCGUACCACACCAGACACCCGAACACCUGCCUGCUCUUGACAGUGCUGUCGACGUUGGCGAUCUGUUUGCAGUACCAGACCAGACACCCGAACACCUGCCUGCUCUUGACAGUGCUGUCGACGUUGGCGAUCUGUUUGCCGUACUAGACCAGACACCCGAACACCUGCCUGCUCUUGACGGUGCUGUCGACGUUGGCGACCUGUUUGCCGUUCCAGACCAGACACCCGAACACCUGCCUGCUCCUAACGACGUUGGCGAUCUGUUUGCCGAACCAGACAAGACACCCGAACACCUGCCUGCUCUUGACGGUGCUGUCUACGUUGGCGAUCUGUUUGCCGUACCAGACAAGACCCCCGAACACCUGCCUGCUCUUGACGGUGCUGUCGACGUUGGCGAUCUAUUUGCCGUACCAGACAAGACACCCGAACACCUGCCUGCUCUUGACAGUGCUGUCGACGUUGGCGAUCUGUUUGCCCAACUUAUUGCAAUGAGGACUCCGCUGGACAAAGAAUGCCAUGUCGGACAUAUUAAAGAAACCUCUGAAGAGUUGAACGUGAAAAAAAGAGACACCAUUAUAAAGACACCAUCGCCUAGUGGAAGGAGCGUUUGCUCGGAGAGCGGAGGGUCGAUGGUUCGAUUCCCCGGCCUCUUCACACUGAAAGAUGUUGAAGAUGGUACUCUCCAUUAA